UCUUCACUUCAUCAUGGAAACAAGAAAUGGGACUUUUGUUUUACACUCUGAACUUGCCAAUCGACUCGUGGAUCUGCAGAAGUCAAGUGGAUUUAAAACACCUGAAGCAUUUGUGCAGCAUUUGUUUUCAUUAGAAGAAACAAUAAGAACAAACCGACUUGAGUUUGCUACACUACUUGCCGGAGUAGAGCAGCCCUGGUUUGAGAAAAAUUCAUCUAACUCUGGAAAAUCAAGAUCUCUUGGGGUUCAAGUUAACUUGUGCUGCAGGAGCAGACUUAGAAAAAUCCCUAAAGAAUCAGUAGCGUUAACGAGUACUUCCGAGGAGGAAUCCUCAGAUGAAAGUGCAAGUGACGAGGAGGAGGAGGAGGUUGAUUUGAAAAACAGACGUGACACACAAAAAAGAGACUUCAAGCCAGCGGGUGUAAAAUCAAGAGGUGUCACCAUCAAAUUAUUAAAUAAAAACAAACCCCCUGAAGUGGGACAUCAAUGCAAUGAAUGUGGAAGGAGCUUUAAGCUGAAAGUGAGCUACUUGAAUCACCUCCGUGUCCAUGUCCGAGAGGAUUCGACCCUUCAGUGCAAUUUAUGUAAUGUGUCCUUCACCAAUAAGUGGAACCUAGGUCAGCACAUCUCAGUGAAACAUCCCGAGCAAGUGCACAAAGCAAAAGAGAAAACUCCACCAAAAAAAUUAUUGUGUCAUAUCUGCGGCUGUGCAAUGAAAUCCCAGCAGACACUUAAGUCUCAUCUUCGCACACACUCUGCUGAUAAACCUUACCAGUGCGUCCACUGUUCAAAGACUUUCAAGUGGGCAUCCGCGUUGGCAUACCACAUAAGGACGCACACGGGUGAGCGCCCCCAUCGCUGUCACAAAUGUGACAAGGCGUUUACUAAUCGGUCAGACCUGACCAGGCAUCAGACUGUUCACACUGGUGAGAAGCCGCACAAAUGCACCCAGUGUGAUAAGGCAUUUACGCAAGGUCAUUCAUUGACAGCUCAUGUGGAUAGAUAUCACCGGCGGCGUGCACAGAUAUUAUCUCCCGGUGCGAUUGGUCCAACAAAAACUGUCUCACCACAUCAAAAACAAAAACCACACAUCAUCAGGUUUGUCCAAACUUCCCCUCCAAUGAUGUCUUUAGUCGUCGAUCCAGUUCAUAUUCAAACUAAUUUGUUAAUGCAGGAGCAGGCUCAUAUUGAAGCCAAUCUUGGGUUAGGUGACCCAUUAGGGGGCCAAGUGCAUAACAUGGCUGAACGUGAUUUGGCGGAGACCAUGGUUAACAUUUUACCAGCUUCAUGAUUUUUGUCUGUUUUCCUAACCCUGAAUCCUAAUUCAAAUCCAUCCAAAUUCAACUUGCACUGGUUGCAUGCUGUUGGUUUAUCGUGACUCAACUGCACUAAUCAUGUAUUAUAUUUAGGGAUUUUAUUCAAUUGAGGAAGGAAGUCCCUGUAAGGGAGAUUGGUUAAUUCCCGCUUUGCCAAUGGAGGACUGUUGGAAUGCUAGGUUGCAGCAGACUUAAAUUUACCAGAUAAAAUCCAUAAUUUUCAGUUAUGUGUGCAUGCUCGGAACUAUGUAAACUUAAACAACGGAGUUGUAGCUAGACCAAUUUGGUGGGCUCUAAAUCCAAUUAGUCCCACCAAUUUUGCUCAGAGUGGUGGGUGAAAUUAGUUUUGGGCAGGCUUGCCCGGCACGGCCCACUGUUGCAACAACACUGAUAGACAAUGUUAAUUUACCUUGUAAGUCUGCUUCAACGUAGCAUCCCAAAGUUCUCCAUUAUAAUAAUAAUAAUAAUAAUAAUAAAACCAUUCUUAUAUAGCGCAUAUCACCG